CCGAAUGGCUGACACCCCACUGUAUUUUUCAGUCGGCUUGUAAUUGCAGCCUCUCCCUGUGUCAGGCACACCCAGACAGUGUGCUCUCCCGCUCAUGAAGACAUUUCUCAUCACAAAAAAAGAUUUUGUUACCGGAGUUCACUGCAAGCUUACUAACUAAUCUCAAUGGCUAGCUUCUCUAACGCCUUCAGCUAUGAUGUGCCCCCCUGGCAAUCUCUAAACGGGCAGAAUCAUCCGUCUCCAAGCCCUGCACUUUCAGAAACCUAUGCAACAGAAUCCUGUACCACUACUACCACUAAUGGCUCCCAUGCGUCUCAGUCGUUUGAAGAGGUUUUUAAAUCCAAGCUAAUGGUGUCUACUGAUACCCAGACUACGGUCAGCCAGCAGGAUGAUGCAGAGGCCAAGCUUAGUUCUGCACUGAUGUCUUUCAGAGACAAGAUUCUAUACCUCGAAAAACAGCGUGAACUUCUGCAAGAGCGCUGGUCUAUAGUGCAAGUAGAAGAUACUUCCGAAAUAGACCUGGAGCCAAUUUACCUGUCCUAUAUCAGCCGACUUCUCGCCCAGGUCAACAGUGUAAAUAAGCAAAACAACCAGACCCAGAGCAGCGUGCUGGACAUGAUGGAUUCAAUCAAUGCUAUCAAAGACAAGUAUGAAGAUGAGUUUAAUACACGCACAGACAUGGAAUAUGCAUUUGUAGACCUAAAGAAGGAUGUGGAUGCUUGUAGCAUGGACAAGACUGAACUGGAAGUAAAGCAACGACAUCUGCAUGACUUUAUAGAGCUACUUACCACUAUCUAUGAGCAUGAGCUAAAAGAAGUGAUGGAGGAAUCUGGAGACAUAUCAGUGCUGCUAAACAUGGACAGCGGUUGUCCUUUGAAUUUUCAAAAUAUAGUGAAAGAGAUAAAGGAACGAUAUGAAAGCAUUGCAGCAAAAAGUCGAGAAGAAGCACAGGCUCUCUCCAAGAAAAAGUUACAGCAAGGAGUCCUCCAAGCUGGACGCUAUGAAACUGAAUUGGAGAACAGUCGCAGCCAGAUUAGCCAGCUCAACAGUCAGAUCCCGCGUUUGAGGUCAGAGGUCUUAAGCGUUCAGACCCAGUGUAUGAAUUUGGAGCAGAAGGUGUCUGUGGCCAAGAUGAAAAGUAGUGCCGCUCUUAAAGAUGCCAAUGCAAAGCUUGCCGAAGUACAGGAAGCCCUACAGAAAGCCAAACAAGAUGUUGCCCGCCUAAUUAGGGAGUACCAGGACCUAAUGAAUGUCAAACUGGCUCUGGAUAUUGAGAUUGUUACCUAUAAGAAAUUGCUGGAGGGAGAAGAGAUCAGGCUGAAUUCUCCUACUGUCGUAAAUGUCCAUUGUGAAACUGAAGUGCGAAGGCCAUCCCAAUCUCGGAAUAGUAGCAGUUCCUGGAGUGUGCACAGUAGUAAAUCAGAUUACUAAGUGAAGCCUUUAUGAUAAUAAUUCUUCCUCUCUAUUUUUCCAAUAUCUCUCCCCCUAACUGCCAUUUUCAAUCCAAACAUCUUGUUAUAUGAGGGAAAUAUAUAGCAGGCUAAAUUUUUAAUGUAUACCCAAAAUCAGAAAAAUGUAUCUUUUAAAUAAACACAGGGG